UUCAAUCUGCAUUAGUCUUGGACCCCUCCAGUGUAUGUUCUUCUUUUCCUUUUUUGUUCCUCUAUUUGACAUCAUUUCCUGAGUGGUAUCUUGGUUUAACAGCAAAGCCAGACCUUCUUCUCUCCACACAAUGCAAGAAGAUGUUUAAAAUGGAUGUCCAUCUUUUCCCCCUCUUGCCAUGCCUUGUGUUGAUUCUGACCAGUAUUGAUGGUCGGGCUUGUAGUGACAUAAUUCGGGCUACUGGAGACAUUGGCGGCAACGUUUCCAUCCCUUUAGGAAUUCAAAAUAUAAGUCAGUUCUCGGUAAUGAACCAAAUGAAUUCAAAAAACCUCAGCAUGGGUUGUUGCAGUGAUAGUGAUGGACGGAUCUGCCUGAGGAAAGAAGUCCUGGAGAUAAUGAAUUUAACAGAAAAUGAUGAAGGAAAAUACACUCUUUUGUCUGAAAAUGACAGCCAAACAUUUUUACUGAGAGUGUGUGAGCUGCCUCUAGUUGUUCAUAUUCGUUGUUUACCUGAUGGAGGAGCCGAUCUUUCCUGUGAAACACCUGGACAAGCCAAUGAUAGUAUUUAUUGGACUCUGAAUGGAAGUACAAUGGAUGAUGUUGAUGUUUGCCACAAGGAUGGUGGUAAGAGGAUUAUUUUAGGAAAAGAAGUCCAUGGAAAGCUGGUUUGCCACAGAAGAAACAGCUGCAGCCAUUCCUCCAUUGUGUUGUCAUGUAAUGAAGGCAAUGAUGGUUCUUUGUUUCGCUCAGGGGAUCUACUGCAGAACCCAUUGUUCCUGUACAUUCUGUCAGGAUGUGGUGGUGGGGCUGUCCUUCUGGCCAUCCUCACCUCACUGAUUACUUGCUGUUGCAUGAAAAGCAAACAUCAUUUCAUCCCAGUGCCUGCCGAGGACGAGAAAGAUGAAGGGAUAACCCUGGCAGCCAUAUCCAGUGAAGGGCAAAAGAGUUCACCUAAUGGAGAACACUGUGAACCUGCAAGUGCCCUUGGUGACAACACAGCCAAUCCUGGUGCUGAGGCUGGUGAAGGUUGUAAGCAAGAGUCGAAGAUUGAGCUGAAUCCUUCAACUGGAGUCAAGGUAGAAUCAGAACCCAAAACAGAGGAAAAGGCUGAAACAGAGACAGAGUUUCGAGAGGUUUUGGUUGACAGGGCAGCCUUGGAAGUCAUUGAGGACUGUUUUCCUGAUCCAACUGAAGCUUGAUUAGAUCUACUCCUCUUGUGUUUUCUUGAAGUCUUGGAAACUGAUGGUUUUUCACUGUAACCCAUCUCAGAAUAAUA